AUGGCGCGUCAUUGGAGAGGGACGAUGAUGGCGGCGGUCGGUGCACCAGAAGUGAUCACACAGCUGGAAAGCGCUGCCAAAGUUUUAAUGGCACCGCCGUCUAUGGUCAGCACAGAGCAGAGACAGCAUGCUGAACAUGUAUUCCUCUCCUUCAGGAAGUCCAAGUCCCCCUUUGCCAUUUGCAAGCACAUCUUGGAGACCAGUAAGGUGGACUAUGUGCUUUUCCAGGCAGCCACAGCCAUCAUGGAGGCUGUCGUGCGGGAGUGGAUCCUGCUGGAAAAGACCAGCAUUGAGUCACUCCGGGCGUUCCUUCUCACCUACGUUUUGCAGAGACCCAAUCUGCAGAAGUAUGUGCGUGAGCAGAUCCUGCUAGCUGUGGCGGUCAUCGUGAAGAGAGGCUCGCUGGACAAAAGCAUCAACUGUAAAAGCAUCUUACUCGAGGUCGGACAGCUCAUCAGCAGCGGGAACCCUGCAGUGCAAACGCUGGCCUGCUCCAUCCUGACCGCUCUGCUCAGUGAGUUCUCCAGCUCCAGUAAGACCAGCAGCAUCGGCCUCAGCAUGGAGUUCCACGGUAACUGCAAGCGACUGUUCCAGGAGGACGGCCUCCGCCAGAUCUUCAUGAUGACCAUGGAGGUGCUGCAGGAGUUCAGCCGCCGAGAAAACCUCAAUGCCCAGAUGUCUUCUGUCUUCCAGCGCUACUUGGCUUUGGCCAAUCACGUCCUCAGCUGGAACUUCCUGCCUCCCAAUUUGGGGCGCCACUACAUCGCCAUGUUCGAGGCCACGCAGAACGUCACGCUUAAGCCCACAGAGACCUGGAGGGAAGCGCUAUUGGACACACGUGUCAUGGACCUCUUCUUCACUGUACACAGGAAGAUUCGAGAGGACUCUGACAUGGCCCAGGAUUCCCUUCAGUGCCUGGCCCAGCUGGCCUCCAUGCACGGGCCUGUAUUCCCAGAUGAGAACGCCCAGAUCUCUUACCUGGCCCACCUGAUGGAGGGGCUGCUCAGUAUGAUCAAUGGGUGCUGCAGGCUGCUGAAUGUAAACCACAUUAAGUUGAUCCCCAUGGAUCGCAAGUAUCUCAAGGUUGUCAUGUUUCUUAAAUUUAGAGACUCAACAAGUGAUGGAGGCCAACGUUAUCUACUAGCAGACGAUCCUCAGGGUGAAACCCCGCUGAUCCCCUCAGAGGUGAUGGAGUUCUCCAUCAAACACUCAACAGAGGUGGAUAUCAAUACAACGCUGCAGAUCCUCGGCUCACCGGGAGAAAAGGCCUCGUCCAUACCGGGCUGCAACCGCACAGACUCUGUGAUCAGGUUGCUGUCAGCGGUGUUGAGGACGUCAGAAGUGGAGUCCAGGGCAACCAGAGCGAAUCUGACGGAGCUUUUGAGCCCGCAAAUGGGGAAGGACAUCGUGUGGUUCCUCAGACGAUGGGCUAAGACGUAUCUGCUCGUGGACGAGAAGCUCUAUGGGCAGAUCAGCAUCCCCCUCAGCACAGCGUUUGGUGCCGACACAGAGGGGGCCCAGUGGAUUGUGGGAUAUCUCCUGGAAAAGGUGAUCAACAACCUGACCGUGUGGAGCUCAGAGGCUGAGCUAGCCAACGACACCGUGGAGCUGCUGGUGACGCUGGUAGAGAAGCGGGAGAGGGCAAACAUCGUGGUGCAGUGUGAGAGCUGGUGGAACCUGGCGAAGCAAUUUGCCAGCCGCAGCCCACCUCUCCACUUGCUGUCCAGCUCCGUGCAGAGGACUCUGAUGAAGGCACUGGUCCUGGGAGGCUUUGCACAAAUGGACUCUGAUGCCAAGCAGCAGUACUGGGCUGAGGUUUACAGUAACACACCGGAAACAAUCAACCUCAUCAUCGAGGUUUUUGUGGAAGUGGCUCACAAACAGAUCUGUUACCUGGGAGAGACCAAGUCCAUGAAGCUGUACGAGGCGUGCCUAACGCUGCUGCAGGUCUACUCCAAAAACAACCAGAGCAGGAAGCGAAGCGAUGCCACGGCCGAGGAGGACCAGUACCAGGACCUGCUGCUCAUCAUGGAGCUGCUCACAAACCUGCUCUCCAAAGAGUUCAUCGACUUCAGCGACACAGAUGAUGUGUUUCGAAAUCAAGACCAGGGAACACCAGCAUCCAAUCGAACAGUAUCCGCCGCAGAUGUCGUUCUCUAUGGCGUCAAUAUAGUUCUUCCGCUCAUGUCUCAGGACCUGCUCAAGUUCCCCUCUUUGUGUAACCAGUACUACAAACUCAUCACCUUCAUCUGUGAGAUCUUUCCAGAAAAGAUCCCACAGCUGCCAGAAGACCUCUUCAAGAGCCUCAUGUUCUCCCUGGAGCUGGGAAUGACCUCGAUGAGUUCUGAAAUCAGCCAGCUGUGUUUGGAGGCUCUGUCUCCUCUGGCUGAACAGUGCGCUAAAAACCAGGAGAAGGACUCUCCUCUCUUUAUCGCCACCCGUCAUUUCCUCAAGUUGGUGUUUGACAUGCUGGUCCUGCAAAAACACAACACAGAGAUGACCGUGGCGGCAGGAGAAGCCCUCUACACACUCGUGUGCCUGCACCAGGCGGAGUACUCGGAGCUGGUUGAGACCCUGCUGUCCUCUCAGAGAGACGCCAUAAUCUACCAGCGGUUAGCCGACGCCUUCAACAAGCUGACAGCCAGCAGCACGCCACCCACCAUGGACCGCAAGCAGAAGGUUGCCUUCCUCAAAAGCCUGGAGGAGUUUGUCGCCAACGUCGGCGGCCUGCUCUGCGUGAAAUAACCACUGGAAAACCAAACCGGCCUCUAAUCAUCGUCGUUCUGAAAAGCAACCAAUCAAAGACGCCCCCUGCUUCAUCCCUGAGAACUAUGGGUAGAAGGGACGGCUGACAGCCUCGGAGGACCUCUCUGGCAGCUGGGGCGGGUUGAUCUCAUGCCUGAAUGUUUACCCUGUUUUCACCUCCUUGGAUGUCUCUCCCCCACCCCCCUUUUCCUUUCCUACCGUUACGCCCGCCUGCCCAGCACGAUCAGCAGACGCGAUGAAGAGGAGGAGGAGCUAAUUGUGGAGACUAAACUGCUGAGCAGAUAGACUCAGAGGUUCAUGUUAGACUGAAGCAACUGAGCACGGACUGUCAAGCAGCAACCGAUGAUUGUCCACCUCCUCCUGCUCCUCCUCCCCCUCCUCAUGUGCCUGGAACUUUCUGGAGUGUGCACACACACACACACACACACACACAGGAACAUAGAGAGCGACACUAAGGGCAAAACAAGUUGCUGUUCUUCAGGUUUUGUAUGCAGUUAGAGGCAUUAGAGGGGCCAACCCACCCUAGUUCAAACACACACACACACACGUCACCCCAGUCCUUCCCAGAGUGCCUUUGUUCUGCCGAUUGUUCUCUAUGUGUGUGUGUGUAUGUGUGUUAUAAGGAGAGAGAAUCAUGCCAUACGAAAAAUGACAACCAGUAAGGACCGUGCCUGCCAAAAACCUAAGAAGACAUACAAAGCAUGAGGUGUGGCCCCGGCUGUCUUUGAUGCUCUCGGAACAGGAGGACAUUUGUUUGUUGGGAACGUCAGAAAACCAAAUUGAGAUUGUGUUUGACUAAAGGGUGUAAAUAUCUAUAAAUAUAUAAUGUUUUCAAGGCUGAUACCCUUCAGAAAUGUACGUUACGGGGAUUAAAGAUGACGGAAAUGUUUUUAUACACCAGUAAAAGUCAGGCAGAGAUGUACGAGUUCAACAAUGUAUGAAUUCGGCUAAAGAGGGAGCAAUUUUCUCGCUGUUGACCUUUGCUGUUUGAUAUAGUUUUUUUUUUCCCUUCCUAUUUGGAUUGUAGUUUAUAUUGUGGCCCCCUUGCCUCUGGACACGUGAAGACCAGAGACAGAUGGCGCCUUGAAAGUUUAGCAGGAUGAUUUUAUUAGUAUUUUUCUACAGCAGCACCUCCACCCGAUCACUCUUCAACACACACACUGGAUAUUACAGAGACUGUUUGAGUUGAAGGACAGCAAUAACAAACCAAAUAAAAAGGAUGAGAGCCACUUGCUGAAGCAUUAUGUUGGAGACAGAACCCUCCUCGUUCACAGUCCUAUCCCUGUUAUUGUAGAUGGCUGUUUUGUUAAUGAAGUGUAAAGUGUACAUAAACGUAUUGUAUAAAA